AUGCAUCAGAUGUGGCUGUUCUCCAUAGCACAAUGUGUGCUGUCGGUGUCCGUGAUCAGUAUGAAUGUUAGGCUGUGUAUGCAUUCAGAUUUAGGAAGCCAUAUAAAGAGCAUUUCCUCCUGUCUAAAGCUCUGUUUGGGCUGGGUGGGAAUUAUCGGGGGUGCCAUGGACAUUCCAGUCAACAUCCUGCUGAACCUGAGGAGCCCUCAGUGCCUGUACAUGUGUAUGAUGCUGGUGUGCUUCCCACUACUGGUCAGACAGUUCACUGUGUGGCUGCUGCUGUUUCUCAUUCUCAACACGCACCUACACUGCCGAUUAGGACGCAGGUAUGCAGGCUUGGCAACACGUCAGCGGAUGCUGUGGCUGGUGCUCCUCAGCUGGCUUUGCUCUGUCGUAACUGCCUUCGCACAGUUCAUUGUGUGCAACUCAAAGGACACUUGGGGCACAGCCGGGCUGGGAUUCAUCUGGCCUAACCAGACGAUCCAAAAGCCACACCCUCCAGCUCCAUCAGUGAUUGGCAAGUACCUUCCUUAUGGCGGAUUCCUAUCCAAGUUCCUGGUGGAAGACCUGAACAACUUCACCUACGCAGAGAUUCACAGCAGCCACUGGGGUGUCUGUGCUUAUGACACUGUCCUCAGCCCAGCCUUUCUGGUUUAUGUCUAUGACGUUGCUGUUUUCUUCAUUCCCCUACUUAUUCUGCUGGGUGUGUAUGUUGAUUUUAGCUGUGUGAUGUCACGACAGGUUGUCAUGAGUCUCUCUGAGCUCCAGAUGAAAACCUCAGGCUGGUCUCGCUCUCUCGUUUUAUCCUUGUGUCUCCUGGUUCUCCUGUGCCUACCCCUACACACUAUCCAUGCUCUGCAUCUCUUUGCCCCCAGCAGCCAGUGGCCUCUUUGGGUAAAUUAUGUAGCCUACAUCCUCUUUCAGACUUAUGGUUUGGUUCCUCCAGUCCUUUUCAUUUCUUCUCCUCAAAAAGCAAUGACAGGAAGUGAAUCUCUGGAUCUGAAAACAGCCACCUCACAGCUGAAGUCUAUUCCCCCAACACAUUUGGAGUUCUGUUUACCUGAACCAAUGCCAAAAGGCAAAACACGUCUAGGGGUGUGA